AUGGCGGAGAUCCGUCGCAAGUUGGUCAUUGUUGGUGACGGUGCCUGCGGGAAGACUUGUCUGCUCAUCGUCUUCUCCAAGGGCACCUUCCCAGAGGUCUACGUCCCAACCGUCUUCGAGAACUAUGUCGCCGACGUCGAGGUGGAUGGCAAGCAUGUCGAACUAGCCUUAUGGGAUACGGCGGGCCAGGAAGAUUACGACCGACUCCGACCCCUUUCAUACCCCGACUCGCACGUCAUCCUCAUCUGCUUCGCCGUCGACUCGCCGGACUCGCUCGACAACGUGCAAGAGAAGUGGAUUUCAGAAGUCCUGCACUUCUGCCAGGGCCUGCCCAUCAUCCUCGUUGGAUGCAAGAAGGACUUGAGAUACGACCAGAGGACUAUUGAGGAUCUGCACAAGACCUCGCAGAAGCCGGUGACACCCGAGCAGGCCGAAGACGUCCGCAAGAAGAUUGGCGCACAGAAAUACCUCGAGUGCUCGGCCAAGACGAACGAAGGCGUGCGCGAGGUGUUCGAGCACGCGACCCGCGCUGCGCUGCUCACCCGAAAGAAGGAGAAGAAGAAGUGCCUGAUCUUGUAA